AUGACGGGAAAAGAUCACCUUGCAGUUGGUUUGAAUUACAUGGAAAAUAAGCAUAACGGUGUUUCAUAUAGAGAAUCAGUGAUGGUCACAAUAAAGGGUAAUGAGGUUGAGCUUGAAAGGAUCUUAACUAUAUUCACAGCCAUUGACUUGUUGAAUAACAUGUUUGAUGGAGAGAUUUCAUAUGUUACUGGUGAGCUACGUUUGUUAAAAGGGCUAAACCUGUCCCAUAAUAAAAUUACUGGUUCUAUUCCUCAAUCCAUUGCAAAUUUGACAAAUCUAGAAUGGUUAGAUUUAUCAUCAAAUAGGCUUAGAGGUGGGAUUCCUCUUGCACUGACAAAUCUCAACUUCUUUGAAGUUUUGAAUCUUUCACAGAAUCAACUUGUUGGAGAAAUACCAAGAGACGUGAGAAUGGGAAGAACUAUUGAAUCUGGAAUUUUGGCUAAAAACGAAGAAGAGAACUUGAAAUGGGACCUUUGGGCUUCAAUGGUUUUGAUUUAUGAUGCUUAA